AUGGAAGAUGACAAAAAGAAACAUUUGUUGCAAGCCGACCUAAUUCCAUUCAAACAUGAACAAUUUUCUUGGAAUCCCCGCUUCAAAUCUUCUUGCUUCAAUUCCAACAAAGGACUGCUCCAUGCCAUUAUCAAACAUGGUGCAUCUUUUGAUUUUCUGAGUUUUGACAAGAUAUCAGUAUGGCUGGAACAUCUCAACAAGAAUUGUGUGGAGUUGAAAAAGAAUAGCUCUGAUCAAUUAAAAAGAAAGAUUGUCACAGCGAUAAGGGAGAACUUUGAACAAAUUCUCAAUCUAGCCAAACAGCUCGGUGAGCACACCAAACAACUUCUGGAGAACCCCACAACUCCAGUGUUUUUGACUUGCAACAAUGAUGCUCUUCUGGUAUUCAGCAAGAUCCCAGCCAAGAAACCUUGCGAUGUGAGAUAUUACAUGUUCGUGUUGGCAGAUGGAAAUGGACUCCAUGAGAAGUUUACAUUGAUUACUGCAGUCAAGUUAAGGCCCAAUAAUUUUACGAGGAGGAUUCUGAUGAAUGGAGCGAUUCCGAGUUGUUGGAUGAAGUAUGACACGGGGCAGAUUUAUUUCAGCUCAACGGACUUUUUGUGUGAGCCUGGAUUGUAUGUUUGUGUCGCGGAGGAGAUAAUUGAUAAUUCAUGUUUUGAUGAAUUCUUUUGA